AUGGAUCCAGCAACAGUGAUAGCAUUGUGUAAAGAAAAUAUUCAGCCUUUGCGUCAUGGCAGAAAUGCUGCUCAGUUGGGUACUGCACUGAGGGCUCAAGAAGAUGCUGAAACACAGCAAAUGUUGAUGCAAGAAAAACAAAUGUACGAAGAGGCGAUAAAAAAUUACCAAGGUGAUGAUCCAUUGGAAAGUUGGUAUGAAUACAUACUGUGGGUUGAGCAAAGUUAUCCAAAAAGUGGACAUGAGAGUCAUAUUGGUAAAUUAUUACAACAGUGUUUAGCAACUUUUGAAAAAGAAACAAAAUAUCAUCAGGAUCGUCGAUACAUAAGAUUGUGGAUAAAUUAUAUCAGUAUGCAAAAAAAUCCAUUAGAAUUAUAUCAAUUAUUAUACAAUACCGGUAUUGGAACAAUGGUAGCUGAUAUGUACAGAGCAUGGGCCUUUGAAUUAGAACAAGUUAACGACUGUAAACGAGCUGAUGAGGUUUAUAUGCUGGGUAUAACUGCUAGAGCUGAACCUCGGGAUGAAUUGAUUUAUGCGCGUGAAAAUUUUCAAAUGGCCGUUGGUCGUAAAGCACUUGGUUGUGAUCAAGAAAAAAAUGAAAUAGCAUUAUCUGAACAACGACAAGCGUUCAGUUCUUUACGGGCCAUUAAAUCUGGUAAACGUGCAACUAAUAUUAGAACUGGACACCGUGUUAAAGAUUACGUACCUGGUGUAGUACCACAAUCAACAUCUUCUCAUUUUUACAUGUCUGCUCCUCAAAUUAAAGAUGGAUCUAAGUCUAAUGCUAAAAUUCAAAUUUAUCAAGACGAAGCUGCUGCUCGCGUUGACUUGCGAUGUGCCAGUAUAUUAGAUCAUGUUCCAAUUGAGGAUACUGUACACAAAGAAAAUACUAUAAAACCUGGGCAAUGGAGUAAUUUAUCUCGAAAGUAUCCAUUGAUAUCGCCAUCAGUCAGGCCUGCAUUUAAAGUUCACGAGGAUCAUUUGGAUGAUGAUGAUGAUGAUGAUGAUGAUGAUAAUAAUGUUGACAAUAAUAUAAAUAUUAAUUAUGAUACUUUACGAUUAUUUCCAAAUCAUACAUCAUUUUUUGAUGGAAGUAAAUAUCCAGAACACAUGGCUGUUCCUGUCUUUGUGCCAGACGUCCCUUCAGCUAAUAUUACAAAACCUCGUUACCCCAAAGAUUUAGUUUAUUUAAAUAAUAUUGAUCGCAGUAUGGAAGAAUUAAGAGCUGAAAAAUAUUAUGAUAGAUUGAGAAAUGCUGGUAAUAGUUGUUCCAAUACUGACGAAACAUUAUUGCUAUCUGGAAUUGGUCAAAAUCUCAAUGGAUAUACUAAUAGCAAUAGUAAUAUUAAUAACAACAAUGAAAAUAAUAAUAUUCACCAUCAACAAAAUCAACAGAAUCAACAACAACAACAACAUCAUCAUCAUCAUCAUCAUCAUUAUCAGCAACGAGAAUCAGGUGUUUCUGAUGAAAAUUUUAUACAAAAGCAAUUUGAAUUGGAACACCACAGAAGAGCAUUAGAACAAAAUCAUGAAAUAGAAUUAGCAAGACAACGUAAACAAGCUGAGAUUGAAAAACAAAUGAGAGAAGCUGCUGAAUUGGAAAAACAACAACGAGAAGCAGCUGAAUUAGAAAGACAACGAAGAGAAAUUGAAGUUGAGAGACAACACCGAGAAGCUGCUGAACUAGAAAGACAACAGAGAGAAGCUGCUGAACUAGAAAGACAUCAAAGAGAAGCGGCGGCGGCUGCUGCUGCUGCUGCUGCUGCUGCUGCUGCUGCUGAAAUAGAAAGACAACGUAUUGAAGCUGAACGGAUUGAAAGUCAAAGAAUGGAAGCUGAAUUGAGUCGGCAAAGUAAAUUACAAUCAUCAAGUUAUAAUUUACACCAUUCAUCAAGUGGAGUUGUUGAAUCUGGAGUCGAACAAAUGCUCGGACAAAGUCUUACUGUAAAUACUAAAGAAGCAAUGUCUGUUGUACAAGACUUGUGGAAUUCACCAGCUAAUUCAAAUUCACCAUUAAUUGAAAGUCCAAUGCUACAUAGAUCAUCUGUUGAUUCACGUUCAAAAUUAAAUUUUGACAUUCAUAUUGAUAGUUCAAUGACUCAACAGCAUGCCAUGUCUCUACCUAGACAUCAUCCCAACUACAAUAAUAUUCAAAGUUAUCAUGAUCAAGAAAAUCAUCAACCGUACAAUUCACCAUACAAUCCUAUACAAGCUCAUCAUCAGUCCUAUCAAAUUCCGAAUUCAUAUCAUUAUCCAAUUCAACAACAACAACAACAACAACAACAACAACAACAGCAACAGCAAUCUAUCCAGCAUCUUCAUUCACCACAAAUACAGCCUCAUAUUCAACAGCAACACAACAUGAUCCAACAGCAGCAUCAUCACCAUCAUUCUCAAAUACAUCAUCAAUCUCCAAUUCAUCCACCGCAUUUACAAUCACCACAUCUUUCACAUCACUCACAAUCACCUAAUCUUCAUACUCCUACUCAUCAAUUACAAUCACAACAACAUCAUCAUCCUCAUCCUCAUCAUCACAGUAUAUCACCACAUAUUCCCCCACCACAAGGACAUCAUGUUUAUAAUCCCAUUCAUCCUAAUCCAAAUAUUAAUUAUCAUCAUCAUCAUCAUCAUCAUCAUCAUCAGCAACACCAUCAACAUCAACAUCAGCAACCACAGUUUCAACAAUCUCCUAUGAUGCAUCAUCCAUCAAUGCAAUCAGAAUCACAAAAACAACUUGAUUUUGUACCUUUUAUUGAUCCUCAAAGUGAUACUAAUAAGGAUUAUAGAAGAUCAGAGUUGCCAUACAUUAAAUCACCUGGUAUGAAUCGUCGUGACUUGAAGUAUCUUGAAAAAGCUGAUAAUAAAGAAAAUAAUACUGCUAUUGAUUACAAUAGUAUAAUUGAAGAUAAUAAACAACCUGUAGAAAAUAAUUUAUUCGUUGAUGAGAGUCUUGGUAUAUCACCGUUAGCUGGUGCUAAUGACACUUGUUAUACUGAAUCAUUCCGAGGACCAUUGCCUAGUUCUACACCAAUGACUAACCAGUUUAGACCAUCAACAUAUCGUACUAAAGAUAUGCCACACUUUCAACCUCCUCAAUUACAUUUUGUACCACAUGUCCAACAACAACAACAACAGCAACAGCAACAGCAACAGCAACAGCAACAGCAACAACAAAAUUCCGAGGUUCAAGUUAAUGAUCCUGAUGAUAAAUUAAGCGUUAUUAUGGAAUCAACUAGAGAAUAUAUUUCAAGCAGUUCUGGUAGUAGCGCUAAUACACGAACAACACAAUUUGGGUUUACAUUAACAACUCGGGAAGAUCAUUUGACCAUAAAAGAACAAUCUAUUAGUCAAGAUAUUGAAAGUACUGAAGCAUUAUUAUCGGCAAAUGUUAAUACUGAUCAAAAUAUAAGAACAAAAAUUCAAUCAAUCAAUACACAAAGUCCACGUACAAUGCAACGUAAUGUUGAUCAAAUAACAUCUGAAAUAAAAAAUAAUUGUGAUUUGCGUAUACCAUUUAAUCUUGAUCGUGAAUCUUCAAUAAAAAUUGAUAAUAAUAAAAUAAAUAAUGAUAACAAUAAAAGUAAUAGUAAUAAUAUUAGUUCUAUAACAACUAGUUUAACUAUCACACCAAUAAAUAACAAUACUAUAAAUAAUAGUAUUCCAAAUAUUAUUGACGAACCUAUGGAAGAAGCUAAGGAUGAUGAUGAUGAUGAUGAUGAUAGUAAAAAUAUUGAACCUGAUAAUAAUGAUGAUGAUGAUUAUGAUAAUGAUGAUGAGGCCGACAAAUUUCAACUUCCUGUUGGUGAUAUAAAUCCAUUUGACAAGACUCUUAUUUCGGGUCUAUUGAGAAAUAUAAAAUUUCCACAGCUCCGUCAUUCAGAUGGUUAUGCAAGAUUAAAUAUAAAUAUUAAUAAAUUUGUGCCUUCUAGUAAAAUAACGUUAGGAACAGAUACAUACGAGUUGGAAAAGUGCCUUGGUAAAGGAACUUAUGGUACAGUUUUAAAAGCAUAUAGUCCACAAACAGAAAAAACAGUUGCAUUAAAAACUCAAAAGCCAGCUUGGGUUUGGGAAUUUUAUAUCGCCAGAGAAAUAAAAACACGUCUUAAAAAUCCACAUAUGCUACGUGGAUUCAUGGAUGUUACUAAAGCAUAUGUUACUAAUAAUGGAAGUAUACUUGUAUCUGAAUUUUCUAAAUACGGUACACUAUUGGCUGUUACUAAUCAAGUUAAAAUAGCAACUGGUAAACCACUUACCGAAGCAUUGGCAAUAUUUUUUACCAUUGAAAUGCUUCAAAUAGUUGAGCACCUACAUAAAUGCCAAAUUAUUCACGGUGACAUUAAACCAGACAACUUUUUAUUAAUGCAUUUACCAACUGAAGAUGUAAGACCAACAAUUCAAUUGAUUGACUACGGUUGUAGUAUCGAUAUGAGUCUGUUUCCUGAUGGAACAAAAUUUACUCAAAUAAUAAAAACAGAAGAUUUUACUUGUAUUGAAAUGCGAACCGGUCGUCCAUGGACUUAUCAAACAGAUUUAUACUGCGUUGCUGCAUCUGCUCACUGUUUACUCUUUGGAACUUAUAUGCGAGCUGUACAAACUGGAGAUCGUUGGUUUAUUAAUACCAAAAUGCCCCGAUACGUACAAAAAGCUUGGGAAACUUUAUUCAAUGAAUUAUUAAACAUUGAAUCAUGUGAAAAAAUGCCAGACUUGGGUGAACUUCGUAGCUUGAUGCAAGAAGCGUUGGAUAAAAUUCCAGCAUUGGAAAUGAAACUCCGUAGUUUAUCAAACGUAUUAAAAGGACGAUAA